AUGGAGAUUGCCAUAUGCAGUACUCUAGAGGAUGGUCGUGGAGGCAGCGGAGGCACGGGGACGACACGCCGUGGUGACCCUCGCUACCUAGAUGUGAUCAGGGAACGGCCCAUCCGGGUCACCGUCAAGGUCCUGGUGCCCGUCAGAGAACACCCCAAGUUCAACUUCGUGGGCAAGCUGCUAGGUCCCAAAGGGAACUCCAUGAAGCGCCUGCAGGAGGAAACCCUUACCAAGAUGGCGGUACUCGGCCGAGGCUCCAUGAGGGACAAGCAGAAGGAAGAAGAACUCCGAGCCUCAGGAGACCCCAAAUACGUCCACCUCCUUGAGGAUCUUCACGUGGAAAUCACCGCCUUCGCCUCACCUGCGGAAGCCCACGCACGGAUCGCCUACGCUUUGGCCGAGGUCCGCCGUUAUCUCGUUCCAGACAACAACGACGACAUCCGGAAGGAGCAGAUACGAGAAAUGGAGUUGAUCAGUGACCCACAGGCAGCCGGAGGGGCCACACCAGCUUCGGAAGGGGGCGGGGGCGGUGCUGGAGAACGUCCGCCACCCUCCUUGACGCCUCCAGAGCUGUUGUCCCCAGAUGGUCCAGAUUGCCGGGGCACCGUCGUGGGGCCAGCACCCCCUGGUCCACCACUGCCUCUAGGUCUCCGUGGACGUGCUCCUCCUCAUCCACGCCUUCUGCCCGCUCAUGCCGCCCGUGGCCUGCCGCCCCUGGUGAGAAAGCUGCCAGCUGCCCUACCACCCCCAGUUCCGCCUCCACCCGCCAAGCGCCGCGUGCUUUCCAUCUUGGACAAAGCCAAGCUGGCCCUCGACCACAGCUACGGCCUCCACGACGACGACCACCGCCACUACUCCUUCGACACCCCAGAAUUUCCCUACGAGGACUAUGCUGACUAUGGACCCGAAGACUUUGCCGAAGUUUACAAUGGUGAGGCUUAUGACGGGGCGGGGGCCGGGCGCUGGUUGGCCUACAAGCAGACUCUGCCCUCUGCCAUGGAACGGGCAAGGUGCAGAACUUCGCCUUAUGCCAGGCCUAAAUAAGGUCCAAUUUUGCCCGUCAUGAGUCUGCAUAAGGUCCAAUUUUGCCCGUCUAGAAUCUCCAUAACACCGUCGAAUAGCGCCCACCGCGUCUAACUGAGCGCCGAAUGCACCAUCCUCAGUCAUAAUUUACUUUGACGAAGUUGCACCUGUACUAGUCAACCUACAUUAAAGUUACACUAUAAUACCUUUUUUGAGUUUGCUUAUGUAUCUCAAUAAUACUCAAUACGCUAGUCCCCUAAACAUAACUUAAACCUGUUACUUCUGACAUCCUUGGUAAUAUUUUAAUACUAUAAGUACAAAUAUGUAAAAGUUCUUAAAAUCGUGCAAUGAAAGUUGGUAUUGUCGAGUCUAAGUACAUAUUCCCCUAAAUAAUUUGUCCCAUAAUUCUGACCCUCCUCACUGGUAAAUGUUAAGACUAUCAUUCAAUAAAUGUCCAACCAACAAUUGGUAACAGAGAAUCUUCUGUGAAGUGUAGACAAAUGUUAGUUCGUUAGUUCAACGUCAUUUUAAGCUCUGAUUAUACCAUCAUGAGAUGUUCAUAGAAUGUAACAAUUAUUUUGAUAAAAAGAUAUAUUGUAUAGAAUGUGAUCAAAUCAGCUUAACCGACUAUAUUGUCAAUCCUUAUAUGGUGUAUUAGUAUAGAUGAAACCCACUCUUGUUAGAGUAGAGGAGCGGUGACUUCCGUUCCGUGCAUCCAAGUGUUUCUCUGGAUUAGUGUUUCCUGUGCUGACAAGCUGUACGUAGUGUCCACGAGAUGUGUGUGUCAGCGAGUGUGGUGAGGCAAGCGGGCAGUGCCGUCACUGGAGUGGUGCAGUGUUUACACAAUCAAAAACUCAUUCAGUGCUCCCUUCUUUGUAAUACAAAAAAGUAUAUGAGCUUCUCUUUCCUUUUUACUAUGAAGCUGUAAUGCGAAAUAUAUAUAUAUAUAUAUAUAUAUAUAUAUAUAUAUAUAUAUAUAUAUAUAUAUAUAUAUAUAUAUAUAUAUAUAUAUAUAUAUAUAUAUAUAUAUAUAACUAGAGUACAAUCUAUUACAGAAAAAUACGAAUCAAACAGCAGCUGCCGAACAACAGUGUGCAGUGUGAAAUAGAAACCGUUUUUUGUACCCUGUGUCUAACUCCAUAAUCAGCUGAUUUGAUCACAUCCAGGCACGUGUUUCUAUCUUCCUUUGUCUUAGUGUAGGCUGAGGUGUGCGUCCGGGCGGCCUCCAGGGCCCCCACCACCCACACACACUCCACCUCACCUACUCAACCCAUUGUUCUGGGCCACGUAUUUCUCCUACUAAAGCCCGAAACACUUUUCCUUUUCUUAAUGAUUUUGAACUGUGGUUUAUAAUACGAGAUGUUGUGUAAAGUAAGCGUUUGGUUGUAUCAAUGUUUUGUGUGUGGUGGAUCAUGCUGGUGGCUGUGGUGGUGGUGGUUUUGGGUGGCCCCGGCCUGGUGCGCUCGGGACGCGUCUCCCAGCGAGUGUUAGGAAAGCAGUCAUCAGCAGGUAUGUAUUUUGUGAUGUUAUUUGUGAAUCAGAAAGAAACUCAGCAAUUUCGAACCCUGAAACCUCCUACUGUACGUUUGUUAUUUUAGUUGUCCUGCACGGUACUUAAUAUGGAAAUUGUCUAAAUUUUGGCAAAAAUUGCUCAGCCUUCCUUAAAAAAUAUAUAUAUUUGUUAAACGCUUUUUUAUUAAGAAUUAUUAUUUUAAAAUUGAAAAAGACACAUUAUAAACUAAAACUGUAAAAAUUUAAACAAUCUUGUCAAAUAAUCUCAUGAAACAAGCUUCCUAUUGUAAGAAAACAUGUAAAAUAAUUCAAAUUAGGGAACAGUAAUGUCAUUAGGAAAAUAUUAUUAUUAUUAUAAUAAGUUUAAUUCCUUAGCUGUAAGAAAAGUGAUGAACAGGUCAUUAAUUGCUCUAAAACCCACAUCAUGAACCAAUUUAGGACAAUUGCUGCUCUGUCACAGCUUGUAAACAAAUAUUUUGAAAUCUUAGCUUAAGAGUAAGGUCAUGUCAUUUCCUCAUUACUGGGGAGAUUGUGAGCUUAACUGAGAUGGGUGAAAUGUCUGUCGUUUAUUCUAAUUAAUGAAAUACUUAAAACUCAUCUGAGUUAAAUACUAAAAUAAGAUAAUUAUCUACUGAUUAAUAUGUCCAUUUAUUAUAACUCUGCGGAUUAAUAAACUAUGCAGACAUGUCUGGCAACAUGUCGCAGCCCAACUCAGGCAAGUUCCUUUAUAGUCAGUGGCCAGAGCGUCAAACCCUGUUGUUGUUUUAAGUUAAAUUCUCAACAUAUGAUGCCAAGAAGGUAUUAGUAGCAAAUGCUCGGUAUUUCAGACGUGCUAUGGUGUAAACUUAUGGCACUGCACUAUGUAACUACUGACCAGGUGCUGUCCAAGACAAUUUUGUUGUGGUAUAUUGUACUGUAAGCUCGUAGAGCUGUAAGGGGCUUUGAAGCUCUGGCAUCUUAUUGGUGGUUCGGAACUGCUGUAGUUUGUCUAAUAUGUUGUGCUGUUUGUUUUGCAUUUACAAAAUUUCAUCCAUAGCAGUUGCUUCUUUUUGAUUAUCAUCAUUCAGCAUUAUAGUAGGCAACGGCUGUAACUGUGUCUUUGUAAUAAAUCCAAAAUACUGUA